UUUGUGGUUUUGUUGUCACAUCUCUGCACGAGCGCAGCCGUGCUAGGCUAGCUAGGCUGUGCGAACCAGUCGUCCAGCGUUUUGACGGCUGGAGCAGGCACAUCGGGCAGGGCUUGUAUGGGGCAGCCAGCAUGACAGCUACUCGGGGAAUGGCUCCAGCAUCGUGGUUUCUGCAGAGUGUGAUCCUGAUCGUCGCACUUGUGCCGUGGCAAAGCGCAAGCGCGGAUAUGGACACAGCUGCUAUGAGCCAGAGUCUGGAGCCUCGGCAGGUGUACCCGUUUCGGCGGUACGGUGAUGUGACGCUGCUGCCGUUCGUCAUCGCGCAGGGCACGCACUCAGCCACUUGGACGUUCAAGGCCAACAUCAGCAGCCACUGCAGGCCAGACAUUAUCCACCUAUACCUUCAGUUUGGAGGGCUGCCCGUGUUGAGCCCUCUGAAUGCUUCUUUUCCCGAUAACUUUGUUACCAAGCGACAGCGGCUGCACAGCCUCUAUUUCCCUACCGACUCGGAACUGCGCUUCAUCAACAUCAGCUCACCUGACCCCGGACAGUGGUUUGCAGCAGCGUUCACGUUAGAUCAUCACCAACGGAUUUUGCAAAAGGGCCUGUUUGCACCCUGUGAAGUGUACCUUUCAAGCUCGCUGACCCCGUACCUGCUUGACGAGGUCAUUGACCUACUGCCCGGCCAGGCCACCACACACCACGUUGUCAAGCCCACCUACUUCAGGUUUGCAACAUCACGGGAGUUGUGGAGCCUGGACUUCAACAUAUCCGAGUGUAAAUUUCAAGGCAACAGCACUGCCGACUCAUGCCCGGUGAUUAUUAGUGCCACUGCCGAAGUUCCGCCUACGGUGCAAGAGGACGCUGUUGACUCUGAGGUUGCACAACGGACUACCAUGGUUAACUGUUCAGAGGAUAGGACCUGUGGAGGCACCAUGACUCCAGCACUGGAUGCGUGGAACUACAUUCUAGUCCAACCGACUAUAGAUGAUCCAGUGGAAUUCAAAAUCUUUCUCUCCCCAUACGACUGCAGGUCAGCGCACAUGAGCCCGGCGGCAAAGAGCAGAAGGAAGGAGAACCUGGAAAUGCUGGAGAAGAUGUUUAGUGCCAAUGCAACCACACUCAGGACGGUUCUCCAGGAGUAUCUACGAGUGCCUAAAUUUCCCACUUCUUGCUGGCCUUCUCGUGAACUUGCGCACGUGAACAUGCCUGAGACAUUCGAAUAUGGCUACCGAUUGGAUCCUGAGCCUGACAAUUCCAACUUCACAUCUGGCUUUAACGUGAGCUUGCAUGAGCCGACACUCAUCACAUUCAGAGUGUUUCCAGUCUUGGACUCUGGUGGAACACUGUCCGUCAAUUUGCAUCUCAUCAGCCCAGGCAAGGACGAGCACGUGCCAACGAACGUGAGCCUGCGGAUGGUGUUGGCGUACGGGUCGCGACCUCCGCUUAAGGAGGACCAAAAGUCAUGGGAGUGGGGCAACAAGUUCCAAGCGAACACCAGCAGUGAUGACAGCUCCAGAGCAGAGCUGCACGUUCCAUUCCCAGAGUUUGGGCUCUGGUACCUGGGGCUGUUGCCACUGUGCUAUCUUGAUGACGAUGGAAAUUCCAGUGAGCCAAACUGGGUUCCCUGCGAGAUGGAAUCGAUGCACGUGGAACUCACCGUCAAUUCCACUGCCUGCUUGAACAACAAGUGCGGUCUCUUUGGUCGCUGCUUCCAGUACAUCAGCGGAGGGAUGAUCUUCAGCAGCUGCUACUGCACAUCUGGCUACCGUGGCUGGGGGUGUACAGACAACCGGGAAGCCCGUCACUACUCACACAUGUUGACUGAACUGCUGCUGCUAACAAUCAGCAAUGUGUUCUUUGUGCCUGCUGUGCUGCUGGCUUUCUACCGGCGCCACUUCCUUGAGGGCCUGGUCUACCUCACCACCAUGAGCGCUUCUGUGUUGUACCAUGCGUGUGAUGCGGACCUGUCCCCCAUCUGCGUGCUGAGGCCAAACGUGCUGCAGUAUUGCGACUUCCUGACAGCCGUGGUGUCACUUUGGGUUACCCUACUCUGCCUGGCCGAGGUGUCAAUGCCCUUGCGCACACUGGUGUCAACUUUCGGCACCCUCUGCAUUGCCAUUGCUGUUGAGAAUGACCGCACAGGAUUCCUGGUCAUUGCACUGCCAGCUGGCCUUGGCUUGACACUUGUAUUUGGCUCCUGGGUUCGGCAGUGUGUCACAAGGAGGAGCUGUUUUCCACAGCCACGCUUCUGGCUGAUAAGCCUGGCACCUGGUGCCGCGCUGGGUGUUGUAGGUGCAGCUCUAUACUUGGGAUUUGAAACACGCCGCAAUUACGCCUACGUGCACAGUGCGUGGCAUGCGCUGGUUGGCCUCUCACUCUUCCUGGUCUUGCCCCCAAAGCGGCGGUGUCAAUCAGCUGAAAAGAAAGAGUCCGUGAACACUUGCAGUUACGUAAGGGUGGAGGAGCUGAGUGACAUGAUGCCAACGCCGGAGCUGCCAUCGGCACAUGCACCCUUGGUGAUAGCAAGAGGCACGUGAUGAAGAGUCGGGAGGCAUCAGUCUUUCACGACGGUGGCAGCUGCCCACUUGACUGCCUUACGUUCUGAAGCGAGAUUCGUAUGCAUUGCCGCAGUGCUAAUGGACAACUUAGACAGGCUGGAACAACGUCGAGGCAGGACCUCUUUGUGAUAUACCAUCAGCAUGAAUUGAAAUGCAAACAGAACAAAGUAAUCGAGUGUAGGUCUUUUGCUUGAUAAUGCUAUACGAAUGUGUGCUGUUGCAUUCCUGCAAGUGUGUUUAGUAAAUGUUAUGGCCAUUAGCAAUACAUUCGAAAAGUGGAUCAUGCCAUUAUUGCAUGUGCCAGAAAAUGUAGGCACAAGAGUGCAUGUUCUAGUCUAUGCGACUUGUUUGCCUAGGAAUUUAUAGUGAUAGUAAGUGUUAGUACUGAAAUCGUGUUGUAUUGUCUUCCUGUUGAACCAUGACUGAAAUGGAUUUGUAUACAUAGCCAAGUUGUUGAGAUGACAUCGAGUCGUUAAAGGCUAAUGUUUUACUUGCAGUGUUUUAAAGCUAAUUAAUUCAGCAUUGUGUUCACUUUAUAUAAGGUCAUCAACACAUUCAGUCUAUUUGCUCAUUAUAGUUUCGUGAAGUGCUUGAGUAGCACCUAAUUACUUUGUUUUCAGAUGCAGGUAGGCAAUAUAAUGUACUGUUUGCUCUGGCAGUCCAUUUGUGUUUGGAAGGAUGGAAGGGCGACUGGAGACAGCACCUUAAGUUGGGGUUGCGAAGAAGGCUGGAAAACUGGCUAUUUUCUAAGAAUGUGCAGCGUGCAUUGUUUUGUUUCUUUUCAUGCAUUUCGGGGCAUUCGCCCCUCAGACACGCAGGGGCCCAGAAUUAAUUCUUUUGUAAGCGCUAAUGUAGCACAGGAAUAUUGUAGUAAGUGGAUUACUUCACCACAGAAGACAUAAAAAAGUUAACAGUGCAAAGGGUGCUCAUUGUUAUAUCCGAUGUAUUGUUAAAAACGGUGUCGUUUGACUUGGGUUUGACUGUACAGUAGGUUCAACAGAGAAGGUAAUGACUUGCCUAGACUGCAGUUCUUUAUAUAAAUAUGGAUAUGGAUCACAGUUGAGUGAGCAGCUCACAGGAAGAGGGGAAGGGGAUAACUGUGCUCAAACCUAUGAUUUCGGAGCCUCCAGCAACAUUCUUUUGUCAACCACAUUACACACCUUAAGGUGGACUGAAUCUUGCAUAUACCAUUGACUGUUUUGUUUGCUCUACCAUUUGUACAUUACAUUCAGCACAGUGAUUGUAAAAAAAGUGCAAAAACAACAUAUGUACACAAAGAGACAAACAGCGCUUGUUUGUCUCUUUGUGUAUGUCCAUUGUUUUUGUGCUGUUUUUUUACGAUCCUGAACAACCAACUAGCUCGAAUUACCGCCCUUGUCAAAUUCAGCACAGUGUAGAGACAUAAGUCCACACUAUGGUUCACAAAAUAGGAUUGAAUUCUAGGCGCGGCCACUGUCGCAGGCCAAAAUUCAGGAAGCAUGGCAGUGGCAUUCAGUAUGCUUCCAUUCAUCUCACAUUCAAAAUAAUGACAUAGGGUGGAUAUGACAAUAUGCUCUUACGGUUAACCCUUCGCAAGUAACUGUAGUGUUUGAGACCGCUCUUGUUGCUGCAGGCAACUCUGCAACAUAGGCUCACAAAGUGUCUUGAAACAUAUGCGCAUUCCUACAACUACAUCCUCGAUCGGCUGAUUUUGUUUGUAGCUUCCACUUCCAAGGCAUGUAAAGCGUAGUACUGUUAAAUCCACUCCUAAUGAUCCCACGUAUGGCAGAUCUAUCAUUUAGAGGUACCAGGUGUUCGUUACCCUACAUAUUUGAGCUGCACUGUAGUGUGCGCAAAAAUAAAAAUUAUUUUUCGUUAGAUUUCUCAUUAGUGGGUGCAACAGUAUGGCUUAAAUAGUACAUGACGCAAUCAAAAACGAGGCAUGACCUGUGCGAACUACUGAAGGCAGUGAAUGCCUGGAGCUGGCGCCAGACAGGGAGCAUUCAGGGAAAGUUGUGAGCUGUUUUCAUCCUGACAAAGCAGAUGGGAUGCUUCUUUGAUGAUUCUGUUAUUGAUGAGAAUACAGGCGAUGGAAGGCCUGUAUUCGUUAAUACAGUUCCAGCGACGACAUAGCCUACUUAAGGCAGUCCUGUUCUCGGUGGAAAUGAGAACCUGGUGAAGCCAUGGCAGUGCCUGUGCAAUGGUUGAUUAUUUGUGGUCAUGACGACUGUGAUGUUGAUCAUAAGUUGGACUUGUGAUUGACAUUUUGUGCUGGUGAGUGUGAUGAUGUGAACGUGAGAUCCUGGUUGAAGGUGUGCAGAAUUUGUGAUGCUGCUUGUUAAAUUAAUACAGUAGGGUUCAUAAGUGUGUAGCUACAGAUUUUUACGCAGCUGAAACAUUUGGCCGACAGCCAGCUCGUAUGUCCUUAUGUGAAAGCUUCAUGUGCACUGAUUUAGAAAAAUAUGUUGCACUUGAAGGAAGCCUUCAACUUUAUUGAUUACAAGUAGUACAAUUUUGAAUUCAGUUCCCUACCGCUUGCAGUUAUAUUUGGCGAAAUUGCAAAGCUUGAGAACUGUCAACAAAAACAAUGAAUAAAUUUCUGUAAAUUCAAUCUUUCUUACUUUUUAAUAAAACAGACAAUAUGGACAGCUUGCUUUGCAGCAUACCCGCAUUUAAUAAAAAAGACUUCUGUGGAAUUCACAUAACACGGCAGCAAUUCAUAGACAGUGCAAUUCUAGUGUCUGUUUUGUCUGUCAAGCACUUCAAAAGUGCAUAAAAAAACUCUUAAUUUCUUUGUGUCACAAAUGUGGAAUUUCAGAAUCUUCAUUUCUUCACUGGUCUUGAACUUUUUCUUUGAAACAACGAAAAGUUAUAUUUGGAAUUUUCCGGUAGUUUCCCAACGACAUAAUUUCUGUGCUAACUGUGUUUAUGAAUGUAGACAUCAGGGUUGGGUAAAGGUUUGUAAGCUGAAAGCUGUGUAAAUUGUAAGUUGGUGACAAUAUUUUCUUGUGCAUGUGUUUGUAGCUAUUAAUUCAGUUGGCCAAGUGUCAGAUUACUUCUUGGAUUCAUUUUGUAUAGUACCUUUUUUGAGGAAUACAGUGAAAUAUGUGAAUUAAAGCUAUGCAGGGAAGAGUAGGUUUUACUUGACAAUGUCAUUUUACAGUGUGGACAAAAGAUUUACACUUCCAUCACUGACUCGUUCAUUUUAUGAUUCUUUGCCGUUGCCACCUUUGUCUCGUUUUUUACAGCGACUUAUGCAGUACACACUUUUCUGUGAUGUUUAUUGUCUAUUUUUGUACAUUGCUCUCAUCCGCCACAAGUACACUGCAAUUUAGAUGCCUGCCAUUGUUUUAUUAUUACUUUACGAAAUUCGUUGUGUUCUUGCCAUUACGUAGGCCUAGCAGAAGAUGAUCUUCCAUAUCUUGACACUAUCUAGUAUCAUGAAAGGUUACAGCGCACAUAGACGGGGACGAAGGAAGAACACACAACACAUAGCACUGUGUGUUCUUCCUUCGAUCCCGGCCGCGGCGGUCGCAUUUCGAUGGAGGCGAAAUGGUAGAGGCCCAUGUACUUAGAUUUAGGUGCGUGUUAAAAAACACUGGAUGGUCGAAAUUUCCGGAGCCCUCCACUACGGCGCCCCUCAUAAUCAUAUUGUGCUUUUGAGACGUAAAACCCCUGAUAUUAUUAUAGUUAUUAUUGUGUUCUUCCUUCGUCCCCGUCUGUGUGCGCUGUAACCUUUCAUGAUGCAGUAUCAACUACCCACCAAGCCAUCCUCGUGAACUAUCAAUACUCACAGACCCAUAUGUAAGUGCAGUUGACCCCCACUAACAUGGCCUCUGUUAAUUAGACUUUUCAAUCAAGUGUAACGUGUCAAAGAGUCUCAGUGAGACACCAUACAUUGCUAUGAAGGAAAACUCAUUCAGUUCAAAUGUGAAUGGAUGUGGCUUCAUUUAUUAAACCGUCACUGGCAGUCUUUAUUACACACAUGGGUUAUAAAAGGCAUGAAAGCACGAGAUCGUUAAUAAACAGCAAUAUCACUUCUGUAUUCUGUUAGAAUUUUGUCAGCACCGUGACAUUUUUGAGAAGUGUAAGCAGCUUAUGGAUGAGGACAUUGACAAAAAUUUAGCAUCUGAAUUCUGAGGCAGCAUGUAAAACAUCACUUCGUAGGAAUAACAGCACGAACACGAGACACGAAGACCAGGAAGAACACUGGACAGAGUGUUGACUUCAGCUAACGGUUUAUUUUCGUUCAGCUUGCAUAUUUAUGGGAAACCCCAUCGAUAUCUACUAGAUAUCACCAAAAAAACCAACCCAUAAACGAAAAACAACACAACAAAACAAGAACCCUCCAAAGUGCAUCACCAGUUAGGUUUGCAUCACCAACUAGCCUGCCAACAUACGUUACUGAAGUAAAACAUCAGUACUCUGCCAUAUGCUGGCUCAGUCACACUUCAAGAUCAAGGAGCAAAA